AAUAAUCUGACGAAGUCAGCCACUCACCUGUUUGCAGAUACUUUAUGCUCGGAGCCCGAAGUUGCCUCUGAGCCGGAGCCAUGGUCAAGAUACUUCGUCAGCUCCACUUUUGCCAUACCUCCGCCGACUCUGCCCAGCAUGACUUAUGCUGUGUCCCCGAUUUACUCAUCCACGCCCAAGAUCUCCGUUGCAAUGGGCCCAAAAUUGCCUUCAUCCUCACUUGCUCAACCGUCUGCACUCCCUCAUCCUAACAACCAACCCAUUACAUCGGAGCACGAGGCCACAAACACAACUCUUGCGCAUGGCUACACUACUUCUCCGCCUUGGCCAGAUAAACAGCAUCCUCUUGCGGUGACCACAUUCGAGAAUCCGUUUCCUCUUCACUCCUUUCCAUCGACGUCAACAUCACCAGCCUCGUCUGUUUGUAUAUCGACGUCCGGAGCACAAGGACCGCUGCGAGUUGAUGUGCAACCCUCGUCAGAAGACCAAUGCGACUUCAAGUUGUCCGAGGGGACGGAGAGACAGUCGAAAGUCUUGAUUAGGAAAGAAAUACCGACACCCAGAAUCGGCUUCUGCAGCACCAGCGCCAAUUCUACCGCUACAAGCAACAUAGACUUCCUCGGCAGCUUGGAUGUGAUAAGUGCGCCAGUGAAAAGCAGGCCCAACACCAGACGGAAUCGGACUACGCUCAACUGUGAUGUCGAAAGAGAAUCCCCAAGAGGAUCUUGUAGUCAUAGCACUGAGCAAUUUCGUAGGCAAGCAACGAAGAGCAUCUGUGGCCCCGGACCCAUAUCAGAGGUUAGGACCCAUCAAAAGUCGAUGCAUUUAUCCAAUCGUUCAUCCCUAUUUCCAGAUGCCUCACCCCUCCUCGCUCCAUUUCCUCUUCCCCUCCCUUUUUCCGCUCCGAUUCCUCAUUCCCUUCCACUCGACAUUGCAUCUCCUCUCAUCUUGCAUCGACAUCAGUCAUGCCCCACUUCAUCUUCACUCGACUCACCUUUCUCGUUCGUUCCCUACGUUUCCCAGUCAGUUUCCCCGACACCUCAUGGCUUAGACUGUAGCGGCUUCCGUCAGUGCUUCAUGCCUCAUUCACUGGGUCAGCCGGCGGCCCCAUCUGCGAUUUCGGACUGCCUCGAGGAGACAUCCACGAGUCAUGUAAAGAGGGCCUCUUGCCUGGCCCACCAUCAUCUGCCCUCCGGCCAGGCCAUACUCCCUCAUGGCCGACAUGAUGAUUACCAUGACUUUGCAGACGCCUACACUGACGCCAAUAAUCUCGAGAGUAAGAGCACUACAUUUGCCACUGCCAUCGACAGUCGCAACGGAGAUUGUAUAAACAAAAUGGGUGAACAUGGCAACGAUAUGGGAUUUGUGCCCGAGGAAGACUUGGAUGUGGAUAAUGAUGCGGACAGCGUCCGUGAUAGCAGUGGUGGUGGUGGGACCACCAGCGAGUGUAGUAGUAGCCGUAGCGGCAGUGUCGGUGUUUCCGAUACCUUUGGCGCUGCAUGUGGUGGCGGUGGCGAUGGCAACAACAGUGGCAAUGGCCGUUACAGUGGCGCUGUCAGAGGUGGUGGUGCUUGUGUUGGCGGGGGAAGGGGAAGUGGCGGUGGUGGGAACAGCGGCGGGGGAGGAGAGUGUGGUGGAACCGAAUUCACCAAUGGUGUUGGUCUCUCUCGGUCUUCCUACAUGUGCCGAAAGUGCCGGGCUCACGGUCGUCUGCUGCCGGUCAAGCAGCACAAACGCAAUUGUCCGUUCAAAGCGUGCAAAUGUCCGGUCUGUGAAUUGGUGAACUAUGGAAGAAAAAUAGUGGCGCGCCAAAUCGCUCUGUACCGCGAUCAAAAAGGAAAUGGUAAGCCAUGCAACCUGUGGAGUUGA